AUGGCCAAGUUCGGUGUCCAGACGCACAACGCCUUCGCCCUGCUGGACGACGACGAUGACGCCGACCUGGACGCCCUGGUGGCGCGCCGCGCGGCCAUGGCAUCCGAGGCCGAGCCCGAGAAGGGCGCCGAUCCCCCGCCGGCCAAGCAGCCCCCCCGCGACGCUGGGCGGGGUGAGGACAGAGAGUUGAGAGGGGGGGUCGGCCGCGGCAGGGGGCGGUCCGGCCGCGGCAGGGUUGGCCGGGGCGGGCCUGGGAGGGCCGGCCACGAGCGGGCACCCGAUGAAGAGGGCGGGGUUGAGGGGGAUGGGGCCUACAGAGGAGGCAGGGGGGGUCGAGGUCGCAUGGGAGGGGGCAGGGGCAGGGGGCGUGGCCGCGAGGGGGGCUACCGGGGCGGCAGACGGGAGUACGACAGGCACGACGGCACCGGCAGAGGCCACGAGACCGAGAAGCGCGGCGGCGCCGGGAAGGGCAACUGGGGCGCGCCCGCGGAGGACCCCACCGGCUGGGAGGUGGAGACGCCCGUCAAGGGCGGCUGGGGGGACGAUGACUUCGGCCAGGCGAAGGCAUACCAGAACGGGGAGAGCGGCGCCGCUGCGGAGGCCGCGCCAGCAGUGAACGAGGCCAAGGAAGGGGAUGGAACUGAUAAGCCAACUGAGGGCGCAGAACCUCCUGCCGAGGCAAAGGAGGAAGAGAAGGAGACUUUGACGUUGAAGGAGUACGAGGAGAAGGUCCUCAAGAACAAAGCUCUCACCAAUGUUGUGCAGCGUCCUGAGGUGGACAUGGGGCAGUUUGAGGGUCUCACUGUGUAUGAGAGGGCUGAGGCAGAAGCAGGCAUGGAUUCCAUGGAGCUGCCCAAAACAGCUCCAAAGCGGACCAGGAGCAAAGGAGCAGACAAGAAGGGGAAGAAGGAGGUGGUGCCAACUGGUUUCCGCAUUGGUGAGCCCAUGCGUCAUGGGGGCCGUGAUGGCCGAGGCCGUGGUGGCCGCGGUGGCAGAUUCGACAGGGACUCGCGAACCACUUCCGGCGGUGACGAACUUGCCCUUGAGGGAGGGGAAGGCGAGGAAGGCGGUCCCAGCGGAUAUCAAGGAGGCAGGGGUUAUGGUGUCUAUGGUGGCGACCAUGCAUACGGAGGCUAUGGUGGUUAUGGCAGAGGCUAUGGACGUGGGCGUGGACGCGGACGCGGACGUGGCUAUGGAGGCACCUUUGAGCACAAGCAAGAGUCGGUGGAUAUGGCAGACACAUCCGCAUUUCCUUCCCUCACAGCCUAG